GAGUUCCAAUUUAGGACACCGUAGGAACUGAGGGGGCUGUGUUUCCUGGAAAAUUUUCUAAUAUUUUGACAACUCUAUCUUUCUUAUCAAUAAGAAUGAGCCUAACUGACUUAAAUGAAUUAGAUGAGAAGGGCUAUACUUCUUUAAUAUCUGCUGUUGUAGCCUAUUUAAAGAAUCAAAAGACGGAGCCUUUGACGGCAACCGUAUCUUCCAUCUCGUCAGAGUUUGGAGUUCCACUUAAAAAACUAAAGUUAUGUACCAAGCAUAUAGUUACCAUACUGUCAGAAACCCACGAAGAGACUGCCAUUCUUACUUCCCUCACUGAACAAGGUUUGAACGAUGACCAGGCUAAGACAAUCCUAAAAAAAUUGAACGCGAGCGAGGACAAUGCUAAGGAGCCGUUAAUGCUGAACAAAUUAGUAAAUAUUGACUGGAAGUUUGGAACCUAUAUUUCAGUAACGGCAUCUUCAAGUCAGUGUGAAAAAUUUGGUUCAGCAUUUUUUCAGAUGAAAUUAUCGAUUGAAAAUGAUGGAGCAGUUAAACAUGUUCCAGUAGAAAUGAAUGUAUCGCAAUUUUACAAUUUACUUCACGAAUUGGAGAAAGCUAAAAGUUGCGUCGAAAGUGUUUCAAAAACUUAA